AAUUUUUUGUAGCGCUGGGUUUCUUUGUUUAGUCAUCAUGAAAACAAAGUUCAAAGUAGAAAUUACAAGUGUAUAUUGCACCGUACAAAGUUGUAGAACAAAACUUCUUGUGGCGGAACGACAUGAUAAAUAUUAAAGACUACUACUCUGAAAACUCAAUAAAUUCUCGCCAUCUGCCUGGAAAAAAUAGACUACUGACAUCCGUAAUAUUUCAUCCGAAUAGUAAAAAUUUCUGCCUAGAUGAAUACAAGGCACGAUCAUUAUCAAAACUCUUGUUUGCAAAACUGUCUUAUAGUUCACGAAAUGAUUUUGGUGUCCGUUGCACAAAAGAGAAUCGAAAGUCUCAUUUUGUUAUUGGAACACAAUUACGAAAAGAAUAUUAUAAUGACAUUGAUAAUUGUUUGAAAAUUCUGAGCAGAUUGCAUAAAACUCAUAUAUUUGCAGAUGAAUUCGAAACAAAAUAUUUUGGAGUGCAAACAACGGCGAGACAGACUGAUUUAUUUAGUUCCAAUGAAUCUACUGUCUUUUUGGAUGCCACUGACCGAAUAUAUGGUACUGCACAUGAUAGUGACGAUGAUACUAUGAAAUCAAUUAUUAGAACAAGCAACAGUAGGCUGUCGUUAGAAAGUAUUAUUUCUACGGAAUGUGUAUUAUCGCAUAAUGAUAAAGUAAUUAAUUUGGAAGCUCAACAGCAAAGACCUGCGAUGACUGUCAUGACUGUCGAGUGUCAAAAUGAUUUGCACGAUAAUGACUGGGGUAGAGAGCGAGAAGUUGUGGUCAUUAGAAGUGAGAAGAAAUCUUUUGGAAUUAGUAUUGUCGGUGGCAAGGUAAAUGUGUCUCAUGAUGCUACUGUGUCUGGAAUUUUCAUCAAGAAUAUAAUGCCCAACAGCCCUGCUGACAAUUGCGGUUUAUUGAAGAUUGGAGAUCGCAUACUGAUGGUUGACGGAGUUGAUAUUAGGCAUGCAUCACAUGAACAUGCGAUGAAUAUAAUAAAACUAGCAGAUACCAAAAUGGUUUUAUUGGUUCAGAGUUUCGUAAAACGGAUCGAUGAUUGCAUAGAAACAUCAACCCUUUUAAGGCAAAUUCCUCCACCUAUAACACCUUGCAAGACUCCUGAUUACGAAUUAAUAAAUAAGGAAAAUGAUGCGCAUAAUACAUCCACAGAUAAGGCAAACCAACAAGCCACCAAAUUUUUUUCACAAACGGAAUGUGAUGACAUUAAUUUUGGGAAACAAAAAGCAAGUACAGAUUCUGUUCAUGAUCCCACGAUAGAUUCAGACAACUCUUCAGACGAUGAUGAUGAACGUACAUUGGAAGGUAAGACAUGCACCAAAGCGGGGGUUGAGAUCGAUCGCGCAUCUGCUGGUAACUUAAAAAGAUCGAAAGAAGAAAUAUCACUGGACACAGAAGAAGAAGAUUGUUUUGGAUACACUACAAAUAAGAUAAAAAAACGGUAUAUAGGGCUUGGCCAAGUAGAAUGCUUCACUAUUGAUCGUAGCGGAAAUACUAAUCUGGGCAUUUCAUUGGCUGGGCACAAGGACAGAACAAAGCUGGCGUGUUUCAUCGCGGGAAUCAAUCCCAAAGGAUUAGCGUCAUCUUCGUCAUUUGAAAUUGGCGACGAAAUACUUGAGGUUAACGGACUAGUACUACAAGGACGAUCGCAUUUAAAUGUACCAGUUAUUAUAAGAAGCAUCGUGGGAACAACUUUGAAGUUCAUUGUCUUGAGGUAUGUUAUAUGGUUCCGGCUCAAAUUUUUUUUUUUGAACUCUAGAUCGCUUAAUUGUGCCUUUUAUGAUGAAGCGUUUUCUGCAUUCAACAACGUUAGAACGGUCUCGAUUAAAAAGGGCCCAGCUGGGCUAGGUAUAAUGAUUAUCGAAGGAAAACAUGCGGAAGCCGGACAAGGUAUUUUUGUCUCAGAUAUUCAGGAAGGAUCUAUGGCGGACAAGGCAAAACUGAAUAUAGGAGAAAUGAUAUUGGCUGUGAACCGAGACUCACUACUCGGAUGCAGUUAUGAAACUGCAGCAUCACUGCUUAAAAAAGCUGAAGGCGUUGUUGUGUUGAAAAUAUGCAACCCAAACAAAACGAAAGAUUCCAGCUCGUCUAACAACAAUUUGGAUCCUAAUUCAAAUAAAACCGCAUCUAGUGAAAAAUCACCAGUUAAAGCUACAAACAUAGUGAAAGGUGCCGCUAUGCCUAAACCUCAAGCCUCUCCUGCUAAGGAAAUUGUCGAUCCAUCAAAAGCCGAGAUAGUUGCGGACGAAAAUACAACUAUUGAGAUCAAUGCGGAUAAAAAAUCACUGGGAAUAUCUACAGCAGGAGGAAGUGAUUCAGUCGUUACGAAUGGAGUCGUGAUCGUUGAUGUUAUACCAGAUUGUGCUGCAGAUAGAGAUAAAAGGCUGAAAAUAUUUGAUCAACUACUAGAAAUAAACGGCAUAAAGAUUACUACUGAUAUGUCGGAAAAGCAAAUACAAAAAAUUGUAAAACAGCUAUAUCAAAAGGUUCGCAUAACGGUGUACAGACCAAACUCUGAAGAGACGAAAACUUUAGAUAUUGAGUUGAUCAAAAAGCCUGGAAAACAACUUGGUAUAGGAUUUAGAGCAAAACAUCCAAAAGGUGUCGUAGUUACUGAUGUGGUUUCAGGAGGAAUCGCAGACAGUGACGGAAAACUAAGGAAAGGAGACAUUGUGACGCGCCUGAACACUGAGGUUAUAGGCAAUAUGUCAUUUGAAGAUUGCAGCACAUUAUUCAAAACUUCAACUGGUAAAAUAACGUUAACAGUAAUACGACCUGACCCGAAGAAAAGGGUGCUCUGAAAAUUUUCCUUGUACCAACCAUUAUAAUUAAUCAGAAUAAAAUCAACUUAAAAACAAA